AUGUCGAGUAUCAAAAGACGUUCGGAACCGCAAAGGAAUGUCGAAUUUGUGAAAAGACAUAAAAAAGUAUGCAAGAACCCAGUGGAUGAAAGUAGUGGGGUGUCGAAGUGCAUUGUUCAAGUGCCAGUGUCAAUGUAUGUUUCUGUAGCUCCAACUUACUUGGGAGAGCCCAACAAAGGUAUCAAAAGGCAGCAUUUGAAUCCAAUGAUCAUGAAAUACAGUAGCGACGUUGGAGGUGUGGUAUUAGGUUACGAAAAUUUGGACAUAAAAGACGCUAGUCCCGAUGACGAGGACCAAAGCACUAAGCUAGUCAAAAUGACCCCAGAUACUCCGUUUGGUUUUACGUGGUGCAGCGUGGACCUAUAUGUCUGGCAACCCCAGGUCGGCGAUGUGAUAGAGGGCUGGAUUUUCAUUCAAUCUCCUUCACACAUUGGGCUACUUAUUCACGAUGCCUUCAACGCCAGCAUAAAAAAGACCAGCAUUCCUGCGGGAUGGACCUUUGUACACAACGAAGAUGUCGAUUCCAACUCCGACGGUGACAACGGUACUCCUGGCCAAACAAGAUCACUGGGACAUUGGGUGGAUGAGGACGGUCAACAUCUCGAGGGCAAGCUCAAGUUUUCCGUGAGGAACGUUUACACCACUGGUAAAGUGGUGUCUCUUGAAGGCUCGCUGCUUGACGACCAAAGUGGACAGGCGCUCUCUCAAGCCGAGAAUUUGCCAGUCGUGUCUAACAAGAAGAUCAUUUUCGAUGACGAAGUCUCUACGGAAAACAGAGAAAGUCACAAAGAUCUAGACCUUUCAAAGAGGGUAAAGGAAGACAACGGAGAAGAAAUUGUUUACGAAAAGAACUCCAGUAGCAGCGAGUCAAGCGACAGCGAAUAA